UCAGAUGUGCUGCUCAAUCACUGUUUCCUGUCUCGAGAGCGCCCCCUGACUGUGGUGAUGGAUCUGAUCGCGCGCACCAAAGACGCGGUGAGGGAGCUGGACAACCUGCAGUACCGCAAGAUGAAGAAGAUCCUCUUCCAGGAGACGCACAACGGCCCCGCGCCCGAGGGAGUGGAAGAGGAGGAGGAGGCGGAGCCCUAUCUGAGGACCGGUACGGUGAGCAGUCUGGGCAGCAGCCAAUCAGUGCCCAGCAUGUCCAUCAGUGCCAGCUCCCAGAGUUCCUCUGUCACCAGCCUGGCCGACCAAUCAGACGACAGCGCAGAGAUGGCCAUGAUGCAGGAGGGAGAACACACCGUAACCUCCAACAGCUCCAUCAUACACCGCCCCAUGGUUCAUGACAUCAUCUAUGAUGACCCGUACCAGCCAGAGGUGGAGCAACAACAAGCCCCGCCCACGGGGGCACGCAGGAGAGGUUACUAUAGAAACAGGGAUCACUUCGCCACCAUACGCACAGCCUCAGUGGUGACGCGGCAGAUGCAGGAGCACGAGCAGGGUUCUGCGCUGCGGGAGCAAAUGACGGUCUACAGACGCAUGCGGCGGCAGCACCAGAAGCAGCUGGUUGCCAUGGAGAACAAGCUGAAGGCGGAGAUGGACGAGCACCAACUCCGCCUGGACAAGGAGCUGGAGAACCAGAGGAACAACUUCAGCACCGAGACGGACAAGCUCAACAAGAAACACCAGGCCAUCCUGGAGAAGGAGGCGAAGGUGGCUCAGGCGGAGGAGAGGAAGUUCCAGCAGCACAUCCUGUCCCAGCAGAAGAAGGAGCUUAGCAGCCUGUUGGACACGCAGAAACGCCAGUACAGGACACGCAAGGAGCAGCUCAAAGAGGAGCUGAGUGAGAACCAGUCCACCCCUAAGCGGGAGAAGCAGGAGUGGCUGGUGCGGCAGAAGGAGAACCUGCAGCAGAUCCAGGCGGAGGAGGAGGCAGGGUUGCUACGGCGACAGCGUCAGUACUACGAGCUGCAGUGCCGACAGUACAAGAGGAAGAUGCUGCUGGCCCGCCACAACCUGGAGCAGGACCUGCUGAGAGAGGACCUGAAUAAGCGUCAGACCCAGCGGGAUCUGGAGUGUGCGAUGUUGCGGCGACAUCAUGAGUCCACUCAGGAUCUGGAGUUCCACCAGCUGGGGGCGCUACAGGCCACGCGGUCCGAGCUGAUCCGCACGCAGCACCAGAGCGAGCUGGCCAAUCAGAUGGACUACAACCAGCGCCGCCACAACGAGCUGCGCCACAAACACACCGCCCAGGCCCGCCAGCAGCCCAAGAGCCUCAAGGCUAAGGAGCUGCAGAUCAAGCGGCAGUUCCAGGAGACGUGUAAGAUCCAGACGCGGCAGUACAAGGCGCUGCGGAACCACCUGCUGGAGGCGACGCCCAAGAGCGAGCACAAGAACGUGCUCAAGCGCCUCAAGGACGAGCAGACGCGCAAGCUGGCCAUCCUCGCCGAGCAGUACGACCACUCCGUCAACGAUCUGCUGUCCACUCAGGCUCUGCGGCUAGAUGAGACCCAGGAGGCGGAGUACCAGGUGCUGCGCAUGCAGCUGCAACAGGAGCUGGAGCUGCUCAACGCCUACCAGAGCAAGAUCAAGAUCCACACGGACGCGCAGCACGAGCGCGAGCUCAAGGACCUCGAGCAGAGGGUGUCCAUACGCAGGGCCCUGCUGGAGCAGAGGAUCGAGGAGGAGAUGUUGUCCCUGGAUACGGAGCGUUCGGAGCGUAUCCGGGCUCUGCUGGAGCGGCAGGCGCGGGAGAUCGAGGCCUUCGACUCGGAGAGCAUGCGUCUGGGCUUCAGCAACAUGGCACUGUCGGGCAUCCCCGCGCAGGCCUUCAGCCAGGGCUACCCGGCGCCCGCACCCUCCCCCGCCUGGCCCUCUCGCCCUGUCCCUCGCUCCGGCAGCCACUGGACGCACAGCGUCCACAGCUCAGUGGCCCCGCCCUCCUGGAGGAGUCAGCACAGCAGCGCCAGCUUCACCCGCGAGGCCGGCCACUCCGGCCGCGAGCGAGAGAGAGAGCGGGAGAGGGAGAGGGAGGCGGAGAUGAUGAGUGGCAGGGGUGUGGCCUCCUCCCACUCCUCUGGCUCCUCCUCCUCCUCCUCGUCUGGCUCCUCCCACCUGCAGGCGCAACUCUACCUGCCGCAGCUUCACCACCAGAGCACGCCACACCUGUACCGGGAUCACCACGGCAACCACACACCCCUGCCCCACCACAUGCCCUCCCACGCCUCCGCCCAGUCUCUGGCCCCUCCCCUGCGCGCCUCGUCACCACCCUCCUCCUACGCCAGAGGCCCCUCCCACCUGGCGCUCAGGAACAGCCCCCAGCCGCUGCGAAGGACCGCCUCCGGGGGAGGUCAAGGGGCGGGGCCAGGCGAUGGGGCUCUCAGCCGCAGCACGUCCGUCACCUCCCACAUCUCCAAUGUCUCGCACCUGUCCUACUCUUAAAGGGCCACGCCCACCUGUCAGAGGCUCACCUGUCCUACUCUUAAAGGGCCACGCCCACCUGUUAGAGGUGCACCUGUCCUACUCUUAAAGGGCCACGCCCACCUGUUAGAGGCUCACUUGUCCUACUCUUAAAGGGCCACGCCCACCUGUUAGAGGUGCACCUGUCCUACUCAUUAAGGGCCCAGGCUCACCUGUCAUUCUCCUAAGGGCCCAGGCUCACCUGUUACAGGCUCACCUUUCCAACUCAUUAAGGGCGGAAUCUUCCCUGCCCCGCCCCCUCCCCAACAGGCUACACCCAGGGGGCGGACUUGUCUUAGGGGGGUCGGGGGGGAUUAUAACCUUGUUCAUUACUGAAACUGAGUUAUGUACAAAUAUGUGAUGAAUGAAAUGAAGUGUAAGUAAGGCAUGAAGAGAGAGAGGAGGAGAGAGAGAAAGUGUACCGACAUUAUGAUACUGAUCUGGGGACAGUGGGGGGGGGGGGCCAGAGUGUGAACGUGGAACCCGUUGGGGAGGGGAAGUGUGCAGUUAUCAAUGUAUCUGAUCAGACAGGUCCAUUUGUAAAUAUGAGUGGGACACCUACAGCAGACACACACACACACACACACACACACACACUUGGGCUCCCUCUCCCUCUCACACACACACACUUUUCCCAGUUGGGCUCCCUCUCCCUCUCUGCGCUGUGUGGAGGGUGGGCCAAUGUGGCGCCCGUUAGCACCAUGCUAGCAGGUGCCUGUUAGCAGCUACUGCCUGUUAGCAGCUACUAACGUCACAUUUACCUCUGUUUACUGGUGCCAACAAGUCCUGUGGUUCCCUUCUCUGGGUGCUAACACCUCGUUUAGCGUGUUUUUAAACAGGUACCAUCAUUUAGUUCUAUGAGCUAGUGCCAUUGUCUUAACACUUCGUUAGCAGAUGCUAAUUCCUCAUUUAGCUUGAAUUUUAGCAGGUGCCAACACAUCAUUUCGCUCUAUUAGCUGCUGUUAGCUCUCACAUAGCGCUAAGCUAACAGAAAAUAACUGUUAUUUUAUUUUGAAUCUGGUAUGUUUUAACAGGUGCUAACUGGUGCCUGUGUUGGGGAGCAACAUGCUGCUCAGCUAGGCUCCAACCCGGGAGGAGUUAGCGGAAGCUUAGCAAGUUAGCAAGCUCACUUUGUCAUGCUGUGACUAGUGGGCAAGGAUAGCGCCUCUUAGACCUUGGUGACCUUCAGCUUGAUCUUGGUGAUACAGGCCAACACUAAUGUCCCUCAGCUUGACCUUGGUGAUACAGGCCAACACUAACAUGACCUUCAGCUUGACCUUGGUGAUACAGGCCAACACUAAUGUCCUUCAGCUUGACCUUGGUGAUACAGGUCAACACUAACAUGACCUGUAGCUUGACCUUGGUGAUGAACUGUAGCUUGACCUUAACUGAUGGAAACUGAGCUGUGUUAGCACUCUACCCAACCAUGUAACCAAGGGAACCAGCUGUUGACGGAGCAGUGAUCCCCAAUGCUUCAUUUGCGUGUUUUUAGCCAAGCAGCACGCUACGUUUGUGCUACGUGUAGCUUAGCAUGACCAGUGCAGCCCCUCAUGAUAGGAACCUGACCUCUGACCUCUGACCCCCCACACAGCCAGGAAAAAUAUGAGGAGGCUACAGAUCAAGACAGGAAGUUGGCCGUCUUGACUUCCUGUUGACGUAAAGCGUGCACGUGUUUAGAUGUUGGACAUGUGUGUACACGUGUGUGUGUGUGUGUGUGUGUGUGUGUGUGUGUGUGUGUAUGUGUAUGUGUGUGUACACGUACGUACAGGUUGAUGCAUGAUAACAUUGUACAGAAAGCAUGUAUAGAUACAUACAUACAUACAUACAUACACACACA